AUGUGGCAAACAAGAAAAAAUGAUCUAAAGAAAGGAGGAGGGAAUGGAUUGGUAGCAGUGGCUAUAGACAAGGAUAAAGGAAGUCAAUUUGCUCUGAAAUGGGCUGCAGAGAAUAUUCUUUCUAAAGGCCAAGUUGUUGUUUUAAUUCAUGUUGUUCAUAAGCAAUCUUCCAAUACUCCUUCAGUGGGGGGAAGUCAUGCAAUUAUAUGUGAUGCCAACAAUUCAGGUGGAUCACCACAUAAGCAGCUACUUGAGAAGCAAACCAGAGAUCUUUUCCUUAGCUUCCAUUGUUUUUGUACCCGUAAGGAUAUACAAUGCCUUGAUAUCGUACUUGAAGACUCGGAUGUAGCAAAAGCAUUAAUAGAGUAUGUCUCGUAUGCUGCAAUUGAUAGCUUGAUUAUGGGUAGUCCCUCAAAGCAUGGUUUUAUCAGAUUCAAGGCAUCAAGCGUUCCUAGCAGUGUAUCAAAAGGGGUACCUGAUUUCUGCACGGUUUAUGUGAUUUCCAAAGGAAAGGUCUCCUCACAAAGAAAUUCGUCCCGACAGGCCCCAUACUCUUCUCCGCUGCGUAGCCACAUUCAGAACCUAACUAAGGAAGUUGUUAAGACAAUUGACCAACCUAAACCGAGAUUGAGCAUAAGAGACAGAGUAUCAUUCAAGCCUCGCAACUUGCACGAUGAAUCAAUAAGGUCUCCAUUUGCUAGAAGAGGUUUUCCCGGGAUUUCUCCUAGUCGUUUGUCUGAAUUGGAUGAUGACAUAUCAUUUGUCAGCUCUGACAGGCCAAGCACAGAUAGAACAUCUUCUGUUCUCUACGAUUACAUGGAUCCAGGCCGAACCUCACGGCUUUCUACCAGCUCGGACAACAGCUUUGGCUCAUUCCGAUCCGGUCCAAAGUUCACGGACCUCAGUUUGCUGCAUGAUGUCUCGUUUACGAUGGAGAGUGGCCGGACGUCGUGCUCAUGGUCAUCACUGGGUAUGGACGAUGUUGAAGCUGAGAUGAAAAGGCUGAAGCUCGAGCUAAAGCAAACAAUGGACAUGUAUAGUGCUGCCUGUAGAGAAGCAUUAACAGCAAAGCAGAAGGAAAAGGAGCUGAAUCACUGGAGACUUGAGGACGAGCGAAAGCUAGAAGAGGCACGACUGGCUGAGGAAAUUGCACGGGCAACUGCAGAGAAAGAGAAAGCCAGGUGCAGGGCUGCCGUGGAAGCAGCAGAAGCUGCUAAGAGGAUUGCAGAGCUUGAAACGCAAAAAAGAGCAUCCACAGAAGUGAAAUCGCUCAAAGAAGCGAAGGAAAUGCGAAAGUUGUUGGAUAAUCUAGCCCAAAGUGAUGGCAGAUAUAGGAGAUAUGGUAUCGAAGAGAUUGAAAUAGCGACGGACUUCUUCUCCGAAAGGCUCAAGAUUGGGGAAGGGGGUUAUGGUCCAGUAUUUAAGUGUUACCUCGAUCACACACCAGUUGCAGUCAAAGUUCUGCGUCCAGAUGCUGCUCAAGGAAGGUCACAGUUUCAGCAAGAGAUUGACAUACUCAGCUGCAUAAGGCAUCCCAACAUGGUGCUUCUUCUAGGAGCCUGUCCAGAGUAUGGAAUUUUAGUAUAUGAAUAUAUGGCCAAAGGAAGCUUAGAUGACAAUCUUUUCCCAAAAGGGAACACCCCAUUUAUGCCUUGGCAAAUCAGAUUCCGUAUAGCAGCAGAAAUUGCCACGGGUUUACUCUUUCUUCAUCAGACCAAGCCGGAACCAUUAGUGCACCGCGACCUCAAGCCUGGAAACAUCUUGCUGGACUACAACUAUGUCAGCAAGAUAGGUGAUGUUGGACUCGCCAGGCUUGUCCCGGCGAUUGCUGAAAACGUAACACAGUACCACAUUACUUCCACAGCUGGAACUUUCUGCUACAUCGAUCCGGAGUACCAACAGACAGGAAUGCUUGGUGUGAAAUCUGACGUCUAUUCCCUAGGAAUCCUUCUUUUGCAGUUGAUAACAGCCAAGCCGCCAAUGGGGCUGACACACUACGUUCAAAACUCUAUAGAGAGAGCGACAUUUUCAGAGAUGCUCGACCCGGCAGUGACUGAUUGGCCCCUUGAAGAAGCCUUGUGCUUCGCAAAGCUAUCGCUACAGUGUGCAGAACUCAGACGAAAAGACAGGCCGGAUCUUUGUACUGAAGUUUUGCCACAGCUAAACAAGUUGAGAGAGUUUGCUGAUUCAAAAAUGAACUACAAUUUCUUUGCAGGCGGUGCUGGUUUCUUUCCGCAUCACAGCAAUAGUUCCGUCCAACAAGUAAGUCGGGAGAAUUCAAACGUUUGA